AUGCCCGUUACAGAUCCCACAGAGCCGGCCUCGAAUUGGGACUUCACCCCGGUUUUCGACCUUCUCCGCUCUUCCACUCAUAAUGGAAGCUCUGAUACCCAUGGGCACAAUCACUCUGGCGCCUUACCGUCACCCUCAGAGAGUUUCCAACAGUCCGAUGUUCAGACUUUCUCACAGAGCCCAACAGGUCUAUCCAGGCCCCAACCUGACCCCCACGGACUUGGAGACUUUGGGUCGCUAUGGGACAUCAUCAACCGGGGCUCAAACUCUUUCCGAACUCUAGAGUCGGGGGAGUCGACAAUCCCCGUUCCUACUGGUCAUCAACCACAUGUUCAGCUUCGUCCGCCCAUAACAAUUCUCAAACGUGGCCAUACCGAUUCCAAUAAAUCACACACUUCCUCUGCCCCCAUACCUGUUCCAGGCACCUCGAAAUGCAACCUUACUCCAAGGGCUGCCACCGGAGCUUCUUUAUCCUCGUCUCGCGAUCCCGCCUCCAAAGGUUCAAAGCAUUCUUCGAAUACGAUUACAAGUUACGAUACCGCGCCACAAGCUACCACAGAGACCUCUCCGGAAGAGGUGAACGGCAUACAGAAUGCGCCUAGGACCCCCAAGGCCAGAGGGUCCAAUGUGUCUGGGGGUAGCAAACUCAAAGAGACACUCGAAACAAUUUCUUCCGAAGGCAGCGCCGAAGUUGAUUCCGAUUCGCACCCAACUGUCUUUGACCGACCCUUUUCCCGGAGACCCAAUCACCUAGCGUUUACACCAGGCCAACUAGGCACGCCCGACGCCCGACAUGGUCGCUAUGAGACACCUCCAUCAUCUUUUGAUGAGAAAGAGUCAACGUUGAAGUCAGAAAAUGUGAAAAACUUUAUUACAACUUCCGCGGGCAUACGUGUGCUACCUGUUGACUAUAAAUCCGCGACAGAACGCAGAAUCGGGUUAAUGACCAAGCUCCUCAAGGACUUCCCUGGAUACGCCCAGCUCGUAUCACGAGUAGGACACUCUCCGAAGCCAUCUCAAGAAAGUGUCCAGUCACGUCCGAUCCAUGUCUUCGUCGAUAUGUCGAAUAUCAUGGUAGGAUUCCACGAUUCGGUGAAAGUUUCGCGGAAUAUUCCGAUAACAACCCGCAUUCGCCGCCUCCAUAUGUCUUUCGCCAACUUCUCUUUGAUCAUGGAGCGAGGCCGUCCCGCCUCGAAGAGGGUUCUUGUUGGGUCAGACCAGCUUCCUUCAAUCGACGAAGCUAAAACCCUUGGAUACGAAGCCAAUAUCCUAGAGCGUGUACACAAAGCCAAGCACGCCAUACCUCGCCACUCCAAGUUCCGAAAGGCUCCCGGAAACACAACUCAGCAUGGAAAUGGCGGACCUGAAACGGUCAACGCCUCCAAUGAGCGAUGGGUCGAGCAGGGCGUGGACGAAAUUCUGCACCUGAAAAUCCUCGAGAGCCUGGUGGACACGGAUGAACCGGCGACUAUCGUCUUGGCCACUGGAGAUGCGGCAGUGGCAGAGUAUUCUGAGGGUUUCAUGCGCAUGGUUGAACGUGCGUUGCAGCGCGGCUGGACUGUGGAGCUGGUGAGCUUUUCGCAGGUCACUAGCUAUUCGUAUCGGAAGAAAGAAUUCCGAGAUAAGUGGAGGGAUAGUUUUCAGUUGGUUGAACUCGAUUCAUAUGUGGAGGAACUGUUCGAGUAG